AUGGAUAAUAAGGAGAAUGAGAAAUAAGCUAAACUAAAGGAAUUUCAAAGGAGAUUUCCAAACUAUAUGAAUGGCAAGAAAGUGAUUUUUCCAAUAAUGGAUGAGAUAAUAGUUCAAUUUUCACAAAUAUUUCCAUAAAGUAAUCAAUUUGGGAAGAUGAGAGAGGGGAAUGUAAUCAAGACCUUCUCACCUAUUCCUUUGAAUCAAUAAAUUGAGAUUACAACCUUCAUAAAUGCUUUUCCUUAUAAUUAGUAAUUCGCAGCAAUGUCAGAUAGUUAGAAUUAGUUUUAAUUGUUGCUGUCUCCUUUACUAAAGCUAACAGGGCAUUUAAUAAAAGACUAUCAUACUAAUGCUACAUUUUCAAAUAGUUAUCAAUACUCAACUUUUGAUACUUAGGAACAGUCAGAUCGUAUUAACUUCAAGUUGGCAGCCUUUAUAGUGGAGGAUAUCUUUAAGUAUAAAAUGGGUUUACUGAAGCCAAUAGACAUAGCAAAGCAAAGGUAAGUGAAGGAUGAAAUUAAAAAGAAGGGGAACAAGCCUCAAAAAAUGAGUUUACUAUCUAUCGUAGAGAAAUAAUAAGAGGAAGAGAAGGAUUUAAAUUAAGACCUAACACUUUAGAGUUAGAAAUAUGAAUUUGAAAAUUACUUGGAUCCUACAUGUUAGUCUUUUUGGAAAAUAGCCUACGAGUCAUUUAAUAAAAUAAUAAAGAAAUCGUAAAGAACAAAAUUAUAGGAUAUGGACAUAGAAUAGGAUUCGGAUGAAUAACCAGAGACGAUUCAAAAUGUUAACAAGGAUACACUAAAUUAAGAUAAUAUUGAGAUGAGAAGAUAAUAGAUAAUUAGCAAAUAUUAAUAGCUUUGUAAGUUGAAGGACUAAAAUAAAAAGAAAAGUAAAUAAACAAAAUAGUACUCCUAAAUUAAAUCAUUUAAGAUCAAGGACAGAUAUACUGAUUUAGAAAUGCUGAGAUUCAAUAAUCUGUUUAAGUUUUUGGUUCAGAAUUGGCCAUCAUUCUUACUUUAAUCAAUCAAAUUGCCAUAUGUCUAAUCCUUAUUUACUGAUUAGGAACUUAGAAACAUCAAGAGUAUAGGUCAGAACGAAUUAGGUUACUUUGGAUUGAAGGCUAAAUAAAGAGCUGACAUCACAAGUAAUCUGAUUGAAGGAGUGCGUGAAACUGAUAGUUUCAAAGUAAUAAUUGAAUACAGAUAAGAAGUUACAGAGGCAGUAGGAUUAGUAUUAGAAAAUGUUCAGGAUGAAUUGAACAGUAUCAAUCAAUCAUUAUAAAAGAAAGAUAGUCAAUAUACUCUUUAAUAACAACAAUAAUAUAGAAAGGUUUAUAAGUAAUAUCUCCAAUUGGUUGAGUUUAGUCGACUUUUCAUUAAUGGAUGCUUGUAUUUGGGUUCUGAUAUUCAUGGAUUUGAUUACCAUAUAUUCUCAAAUGAUAUUGAUCAUAUCUAUUAAAAUAAUGGUUCAGAAUGGAGAGUUUUAGAUGAAAAUUAAGUGUAAUAACUAUUUAAGACUUUGAAUGUUUGUGGUGUAAAGGAAAGAGAAUUGUAAACCAAUAUUCAAAAAUUAAUGGCUUGUGAGUUAUUUAAUGAUCAAGAAACAAAAGAAUUGAUCACAAUUAAAAAUGUUGAGCAAAGUUAAGUAUAAGCCGGAAAUCGAAGUCCAAAGCAAUUAAUAGUCAAAAUACUACUAGAAGUUGUGUAGAAGUAUACUGAUAUUUUGAUGGUCAGAAAAUUGAGAUGGGAAUCAUACAAGAUCAGAGAAAAGUUUUAAAAUACAAUUAAAACACUUGAAAACCCUUUGGAUAUGGUUGAUUUCAUGAAGAUUCUAAUUGAAUAGUUUGAGACUGCUUAAGUAUUGAUAAUAGAUUAGUAAAAAAUGCAGAAUGGAAAUCAGUAUGAUCAAAGAGAUUUAAAGGAAUUCUAGUAAAGAUUGCGUUUAUACGAAAAUAAGUUGAAAGGGUUGAAAGAACCUGAGAAGAUUUUAUUUUAUGAUACUCAACUAUUCUAAAUGAUGGAAUCAAGAGAACACAUAAAACCUAAUGGUGUGAAAUUCAAUACGAAAUUCUGGUAAUAGAGUUUAGGAUUAGAAGUCAAAGAAGCAUUGAUGAAUUUCGCAAAUAAGGUAGAUAAAGAAAAUUAACAAUAUGAUGUAGUAUUUAUGGCCAGUACCUUAUUGUUAGCAGUUCAAGAAUAUGAACUCUCGAGUUCUGCUUAAGACAACGAAGAUGAUGAACUACUGAAAUAGAUUGUAAAGGAUGUUAAAUUUGAUAAUUCUAAUCUUUCAUCUAAAAUAGAUAAUCAUUAGAACAACAACCAAAUUAUAGAAUUAGAUUGA